UUCUAUAGUCUCUCUCACAGCUCACACACCAUAACUCCCCAUCUCUCUAGGAUAUGUAUUAUGUACAGUUCCUCUUUAUCUCAAAUAGGGGCUUCUUUUAUUUUAGUAUAUAGAUAUUAGUGCUUCUUUUAAAAGCCUCUGAUCUGAACUCUGAGCACUGAAAUAUAGAGAAAACAAAGAAGACACCAGAAAAAGGAAGAAAUCAGAAUCAGCAAUCGUGUUGUUGGUGAAUGAGAAGGUGUUACUGCCGUGUACUUAUUUGGAGUUGGGUUAUUUAUUUAGUAGCUCGAAAAGACUAUCAUCGUAAUAAGGCGGACUUGUCUAAUUUAUUGUUUGGAGUUGGUUGAUUUAGCAGCUCGAGAAGACUGUCAUCGUAAUAAGGCGCAGUUGUCAAGUUCUUUGUGUCUGUUGGUUUUGGGCGCGGACCUGCUUAUAACUUUCUAGAGAUUACGAGGUGUUUGGUAUCCAGUUUUAUCCAUGCUACAUUGAGCUACGGUCGACAGUUGCAGCGGCAACUGCUACAUAGAAAAGCUGUAAGGGUGGAGCUUCACUGGUUGGCAUCGUAAUUAUUUAGCUUGUUCAUGUCAAACUGGUUGCUUUGUAAUGUGGUUGUGCUAGUUGACUGCGAUCUCUGGGCGUGCUAACUCUUUUAAAAUAAAUUAUGGAAUCUGAAACUCUGACUAUAGAUCAUAGGCAGCCCAGCAUGAUUCAACGGAUACUUUCUGCUUCUGCGCCAAUGCUGCUGAUUGCAAUUGGCUAUGUUGAUCCCGGGAAAUGGGCUGCAAUGGUUGAUGGAGGAGCCCGAUUUGGGUUUGAUUUAAUCAUGCUAGUACUCAUGUUCAAUUUUGCUGCAAUUCUGUGCCAGUAUCUGUCAGCUUGUAUAGCCUUGGUUACAGACCGAAAUCUUGCCCAGAUUUGCAGUGAAGAAUAUGACAAAGUUACGUGCAUAUUCCUGGGAAUUCAAGCUGAGGUUUCGAUGAUUGCUUUGGACCUCACAAUGGUUUUGGGCAUUGCACAUGGGCUUAAUGUUGUGUUUGGAGUUGACCUGUUUAGCUGUGUUUUUCUAACUGCAACUGGUGCCGUUUUGUUUCCACUGCUUGCUUCUCUCUUGGACAAUGGCAGUGCGAAAUUCUUAUGUAUUGGCUGGGGAAGCUCUAUACUACUCUCUUAUGUUUUUGGAGUGGUUAUAAGUCAACCUGAAAGUCCAUUCUCCAUCGGUGGGAUGCUGAAUAAGUUCAGUGGAGAGAGUGCAUUUGCAUUGAUGAGUCUACUUGGAGCAAGUAUUAUGCCUCACAAUUUUUACCUUCAUUCUUCUAUUGUACAGCAAGGUAAGGAAUCAACAGAACUUUCCAGGGGAGCUCUGUGUCAGGACCAUUUUUUUGCCAUUGUUUUCAUAUUCAGUGGCGUUUUCCUGGUCAACUAUGCCGUGAUGAACUCAGCAGCCAACGUGUCUUCUAGUACUGGCCUUUUAUUGCUGACAUUUCAGGACGCAUUAUCAUUGCUCGAUCAGGUGUUCAGAAGUUCAGUAGCACCAUUCACCAUAAUGCUGGUUACGUUUAUUUCCAAUCAGAUUACAGCACUAAAUUGGGAUCUUGGUAGACAACCAGUUGUGCAUGACUUAUUUGGAAUGGAUAUCCCAGGCUGGCUACACCAUGUGACAAUCAGAGUAAUUUCUAUUGUUCCGGCCCUUUAUUGUGUAUGGAAUUCAGGAGCGGAAGGCCUAUAUCAGCUACUAAUAUUCACGCAGGUUGUGGUUGCUCUUGUGCUUCCGUCUUCUGUCAUACCCCUGUUCAGAGUUGCUUCUUCCAGAUCAAUAAUGGGUAUCCACAAAAUUUCUCAGUUAAUGGAGUUUUUAUCUCUUGGCACAUUUAUCGGCUUACUUGGCCUAAAGCUUAUAUUUGUCAUAGAGAUGAUAUUUGGAAAUAGUGAUUGGGUUAAUAAUUUGAAGUGGAAUAUUGGGAGUAGUGUGUCUAUACCAUAUGUUUUUCUCCUCAUUGCGGCCUCUUUAUCUCUUUGUCUGAUGCUGUGGUUAGCAGUUACUCCACUGAAAUCUGCAAGUUCCAGGUUUGAUGCUCAGGCAUUUCUGCAUUCACCUAUGCCCGAGUCAUAUCUGGAGCGUAAUCAAUUCGAUGUGAGUGAUUCUACCUUUAGUCUAGAAAGGUCCGCCCAAAAGCAAGAAGCUGCAUUUCAUGCAGAAAAAUCCUUGGUUGGCCUUCCAGAUUUAUCAACUCCAGAUCCUGAUCAAAUCUUGCCGGAAUCACUCUUGGAUUAUGAGAAGGUCCCUCACUUGGCUACCAUUGAUGAGAGCAAAUCUGAAACAACAUUUUCAGCUCCUCCUCUCAGUCAUCCUGAAGUAUCUGCACCAGCAGGAGAAACUGCCGCAGCAAAAAGUGUUUGUAAUGAGGUGUCUGGUGUUGAAUCUGUGGAUACCAGCGUCUUCAGUACCACCGAUGAAUCUGUGGAUGUCGUAGAGAAGACACUCAGAAUUGAAGGGGACAUGGGCAAUGACAAGGAUGAUGAAGGAGAUUCGUGGGAGCCCGAUAAAGGAGUAUCUGAGAACAACACCCAAUCUUUUAUUUCUGAUGGUCCGGGAUCAUUCAAGAGUCUUAGUGGCAAAGAGGACACAGGGAGUGGUACCGGAAGUCUAUCAAGAUUAGCAGGUCUUGGUCGUGCAGCUAGGAGGCAGUUAACAAUAGUUCUAGAUGAGUUCUGGGGGCAGCUCUUUGAUUACCAUGGGGCGGCCACACCACAAGCGAAGUCCAAGAAACUGGAUAUAAUACUUGGUCUGGAUUCAAAGGUGGACCCAAAACCUGCCCCUGCGUCAUUAAAAAUGGAGAGCAGCAGGAGCGAUUUUAAUAAUGCGUAUAUUCCAUCUGGGAGUGCAAGGGUACCUGAGUCUUUGAUCAACUCAAAUAUAUACUCUCCGAAGCAGCAAUUUGUAUCGGGCACUGUGGACUCUACUUAUAGAGUCCCAAAGGAGCCAUCUUCGUGGUCUAGCCAUAUGAAAUUAUUAGAUGCGUAUGUGCAAAGUUCCAACAGCAACAUACUUGACUCAGGUGAGAGGCGCUAUUCCAGUAUGCGGAUUCCGGCGUCUUCUGCUGGCUAUGAUCAGCAGCCUGCUACUGUGCAUGGAUAUCAGAUUACUGCUUACCUUAAUCAAAUUGCUAAAGAAAGAGGAUCUGACUACUUAAAUGGGCAACUGGAGUCACCAUCUCCUCGUUCUGUAUCAUCAUCAAUGUCGUCAAACUAUGCUGAGCCAUUUGCUCGUGCUUUGGGACAAAAACCUCAGAGUGGAGUGAGUAGUCGAGCACCACCUGGUUUUGGAAAUGUCCCUGUAGCCCGAAAUAAUUCCAUGCAGCCCGUUAACACUCUUACCGACCUUAGCUCUACUGAAAAUGCCGAGAGCGUUGCUGGCGCAGCCAACUCGAAGAAGUAUUACAGCUUGCCUGAUAUAUCAGGACGCUAUGUUCCUCGCCAAGAUUCUGCACUCUCUGAUGGGAGAGCUCAAUGGUAUAAUUCCAUGGGAUAUGGACCGUCUGUUGGUCGAUCAACGUACAAACAAGCCUAUAUGACUGGUUCACUGAGGGCGGGCGGUCCUCAGAGGUUUGAACAUUCGCCAUCUAAAGUCUGUAGAGAUGCUUUCUCGUUGCAGUAUAGCUCCUCCAAUUCAGGGACUGGAUCUGGAUCUGGAUCCCUGUGGUCUAGACAGCCUUUUGAGCAAUUUGGCGUAGCUGGUAAGACGGAUGUUGCUGCUAGCAGUGAUCAUGGAAAUGUGCAGAGUUCAUCUACUCCGGAGAGCACAUCUACGGUCGACUUGGAAGCUAAGCUGCUUCAAUCUUUCAGAAGUUGUAUCGUCAAACUUUUGAAACUGGAAGGAUCGGAGUGGUUAUUUAGGCAAGAUGAUGGGGCUGAUGAGGAUCUUAUUGAUCGGAUUGCUGCAAGAGAGAAAUUUCUCUAUGAGGCUGAAACUAGGGAGAUAAGUAGAUUGACCAACAUUGGCGAAUCGCAUUUCUCUUCCAACAGGAAGCCUGGUUCUGGUUCUGCUCCAAAACCUGAAGAGAUGGAUUACACCAAGUUCUUGGUGAUGUCAGUUCCUCACUGUGGGGAAGGUUGUGUUUGGAAAGUAGAUCUCAUUGUUAGCUUCGGUGUAUGGUGCAUUCACAGAAUUCUCGAGCUUUCACUUAUGGAAAGUAGGCCAGAGCUGUGGGGCAAAUAUACCUAUGUUCUCAACCGUCUUCAGGGCAUAAUAGAUCUGGCAUUUUCCAAGCCCCGUUCUCCAACAAGUCAUUGUUUUUGUCUUCAAAUUCCAAUUGGCCGACAGCAAAAGUCAAGCCCUCCUCCAAUUUCAAAUGGAAGCUUGCCGCCACAAGCAAAACAGGGCCGAGGAAAAUGCACAACUGCACCAAUGCUCUUAGAUAUGAUCAAAGACGUGGAGAUGGCAAUUUCUUGUCGAAAGGGACGAACAGGCACUGCUGCAGGGGAUGUUGCUUUUCCUAAAGGGAAAGAAAACUUGGCAUCUGUCCUCAAACGCUAUAAACGUCGACUAUCCAAUAAGCCAGUAGGAAACCAGGAGGCCGGUGGAGCUGGACCGCGCAAAGUAAUGUCACCUUCAGCAGCCCCUUUCAGCUUGUAACACUUGUUUCUCGGUUCAUAGCAACUGACCGGUGAUUACCACUUUUAGACUUGUGCUUAGUUGCUAUGAAUUUGCUCCUUUCUCUCCCUGUACUGUUCUUUCCCUCUCCCUCCCUUGUAUUUCUCAUGUGUAUUUGAAUCUUGCAGCUUAUAUUCACCCAACCCACUUGUACCUCAAAUCUUGUAUACAAAUAGGAUAAGAAGUUGUAACGAGGUUAUGUAAAACUGCAGCGGUGAAAUGAAACGGGGAUGAAAAGGCGGGAAAAGAUGUUAUUGCAAAAUUGCAGUUUUCUCCCUUUUUUACAUAGUUUAAACUA